AUGGAUCCAUGCGGCGCCUCAAUCGUCUCGGAGGUCGCCUGGAACGACUCUUUCAAGCAGGAUGAUCAGACAUCAGCUGCAUACCUGAACACAACCUUGUCAGACGACCGCGCCAACCAGCAAAAGCACCAAGAGAAUGUCAACUUGCUCUCCGUGUCAGCUCCAGAUUUCAUGGGUUACGGCUUAUUGCAAUUCACCGCUCAGACAGCAGUUUUGAACCUCAGGUGGAAGAGAGGCGCAUCGGUUGCCUCUACCGAGACAGGGACAAGCAUUCCAGGAGGUUGCCUGGAGGGUGAAGGGAAGCCAGACGGAGAUGGAUCGCGAGUGGAGUCCAAGCCCUGUCCCUUUAGACGGAUCGGCGCGACCAUUCAUUCCUUGACAGGAGAGCUUAUCGGCAAACUUAACGUUCCUCUUGUGUUUUUCGGCGACAAGUCCGAACGCUCUGGCGAAUUCGUGCUACUUUCUUCGAACGCCGAAGAACAGUCAAGCGAGACUUGCAAGAAACUCAUUGAUGGAGUCGACUGUGGGACUAUCAAGCAUGUCAAUGGGUGCAUGCACAUUCGAAGUCGGAAUGUCAUGCUGGUCGAAUGGGUUGGGGAUAUUGCCUACCGACGGGCACUAGGUCAAGUAGAAGUUGAUGGCUGGGCGAAAAUCAAGACUCAGGAGAAGGAAAUCAUUCUCGGGUAG